AGAAAGAAACUCGCCUCUUUUAGAAUAGCUGCGGUGCUGGAGUAGUCUACACUCGUCGCCUGAUAGUUCCAGGCAAAACGGAACAUUGACCCUUUUUUAUUUGAUUCGAUUUAAAUCCUCUUCUCAAACAAGAUGUGACUCUUUUCAAAGAACAGACUAAUACCUUUAGAAUAUCCAUGUCGUUCAGGAUAGCCGGGAGAGAGAACGUCAAGGGCUUUUCUACGAAUGGAAGUUAUUUGUUGUGAGUUGUUUUGAAUAUGUUAUUCCGAAGUGAGUUUGUUUUUUGUUUGUCUCCGUUCGUCGUGGACCUUUAAUUUGGAAUCUAUCGACGAAAUCCAGAUCGUCAAGGGAAACCCAGAGCGAGGAUUCUACAAAGCCAGAGAGCUCACAGACCGGGGAUUUAAAUUGUUUGGUGUGCUCCGGGAGAAGCGAGAGUCAAAGAAAGAAAUUCAUGUGGCCAUUCUCUCUUUAGCAAAACAUUUUGGAUUGCAGAAUGAGCAAGGAAAGACCUAAGAGGAAUAUCAUCCAAAAGAAAUACGAUGACAUAGAUGGGAUCCCCUGGUCAGAGGAGAGGGAUGUGAGGAAGGUGCUCUAUCUCUCCCUGAAGGAGUUCAAGACUGCUCAGAAAAGGCAGCUUGGAGAUGGAACCAAAUACACAAAUGGUUCACAUGCCCGCGGCCAGCUCAACGGCUUGGGGCAGAAGGGCCACAAGGCUGACGGGUUGCGGUUGCAGAGCACAAAUGGCAGCAGCGAGUACUCUGAGGAUGGUCCUGCCAAGAAGAGGCCCAGACUGCAAGCGCAGAGGAAGUUUGCCCAGUCUCAGCCCAACUCUCCCAGCACCACGCCGGUCAAGGUGUCUGAUACCGCCCUGCCCGCCCCCUCCGCUCACAUCAGAGACAUCUCCAGACGGAAACCCAAGACUGAGGACUUCCUCACCUUCCUCUGCCUGAGAGGUUACUCCUCCUGGCCAAAUGAAGGUUCGUCAGCGUUGCCCAGUAACAUGGCGUACUUUGGGAGCUCUCAGGAUGAAGAUGAGCUGGAUGAUGAUGAUGAAGAGGAAUACGAGGAUGUGAAGCCAGACAUCAGUGUGGCGUCUACUUCCUGUCAAUCCACGCCCAGGAAGGGCAAACCCCCAGGGAAACAUGCCGUCAACGGCCACGGUACGACAACGUCCUCUUACCUACCUAACCCCGACAGUAAAACUGUCCUCUCUCUCCUUUUCAACAACCUAACCCCAAACUGCCCUGACCAAUCACAACACAGACAUUUAACACUCACCAAUCACGACCACACUACCAAUGGACUGCCUCACAGGAGGGCUGCAGAGGAGCCCCGCAAGCAGGUCUUUAAAGUGAACGGCGUCACACGGGUGUCCCAGCCAGGCGUGCACACGGCCGGUGCCCAAAAAACGAAAGACUUCAGACUGCCGUCCAAAACUGUGAAGGGCCAAGUCACAUACACCAAAGCAAAACGAGAACUGGUCAAGAAAACCAAACUGAACCACCGCAAACACAGCACUGCUGCUUCCCAUAGAGCCAAUAGCAACAAUCACCACCGCCACCAGCGACUCCCCCUCUCCAACUCAGGAAAAGCCCAGAAUAGCAAAGCAAAAACACGCAAACAGGUGUUAUUAUCCAAUGGGGUGUACAAGGUGGCUAACGGGGGCGGUGUGCGCCUCAACGGUCGCCUCUGUGCCAAGCAGGAGGUGGGCAGGCAGGGGCGUGAGGGGCUGAGGAACUCCAAGCGGAGGCUGGAGGUGGCGGUAGCAGCCAUCGGGGCGGUGGCUGACUCCCAGGGUCAGCUGGUCAUCCUGGAGAAUAACCCCAACCCUAAGAAGACAAAACAGCACCAGACCAGCCCUCUGGAAACACGCAGUAAGAAAGCCUGUCAGGACAAGACCUUGGUCCCCAACGGACACAUCGUCAUGGAAACCACCCCUCCCCCGACCCUGCUAGCCCCACCCCCUCCACCGACUCCUCCUGCCACACCACCAGCCAAUCCAGAGCCAGAGCGCCAGCGGCCCAAGCGGGCGUCAGCCGGCAAGCUGAUGUUCAUCAGACAAGCACAGCACCGGGCGCAGGCUGCCUCUAACCCUAACCACACCCACACCCUUAACCGCUCAACUACCUCAGAGUCCCCUGGCCACACCCCCGGGCAUACCCCUCACAAACCAGCAGAGCCCCGACCUGACAGGGAGUGGGAAAGGGAGAAGGAGAGGGCGGAGAGGAGCAGGGCGAGCUGGGCAGCGUUGGGUGAGGCACCAGAGUUCAGUCCCACCCAGCGGGAGUUCCAGGACCCCCUGGUGUACCUGGACUCUGUGCGGGAGGGGGCGGAGCCCUGCGGACUGUGUCGGGUGGUUCCCCCGGCUGACUGGCGCCCAGAGUGCAAACUGAACGAUGAGAUGCGCUUUGUGACCCAGGUGCAGCGCAUCCACAAGCUAGGCCGUCGCUGGGGCCCUAACGUACAGAGGCUAGCCUGCAUCAAGAAGCACCUCAAAUCUCAGGGCAUCACCAUGGAAGACCCACCACUCAUCGGUGGCUGCGAGGUGGACCUGGCUCGGUUCUUCCAGCUGAUUAAUGACAUGGGCGGCAUGCAGCAGGUMAUGGACCUGAAGAAGUGGAGUAAACUGGCUGAUCUGCUGCGGAUCCCCAAGUCAGCCCAGGACCGUCUAGCCAAGCUGCAGGAGUCCUACCUCCAGUACCUGCUGUCGUAUGACUCUCUGUCCCCCGAGGAGCACCGACGCCUGGAGAGGGAGGUGCUGCAGGAGAAGGAGGGCUUGGAACGCCUCAGGGGGCCCCUGGAGGGCCACACAGAGAGGAGCCUGGUCCUGCCGCGCUACGAGCCUAAGAACGGGCUGGCCGGCAGUCUGGUGCAGCGCAGCAACGGUCAGCUGUGCAGCCGGCUGAAGGAGCUGGACACUCAGCAGCUGAAGGUGGGACGCCGGAGGCUGUUCGCUCAGGAAAAGAAUAAUGGGGACAAGACACAGCAGGAUGAAGAGGAGGCGGAUAUGGAGAAAGGCGUUCUCAGUGACCAGCACAAGUGUAUUUACAAGGGGAAAUCUGUAUCUCUCACCAACUUCUUUAGGAUAGCCAGGAACACCAUGACCAUGUGCUUUAACAAAGAGCCCGGUGCUGCUGAAGUCGAGCAAGAAUACUGGAGGAUAGUGGAGCAGAGGCACUGCCAUGUGGCAGUGCAUUAUGGGAAAGUGGACACCAACACACACGGAAGUGGCUUCCCCGUGGGAAAGUCAGAGCCAUUUUCUAAACAUGGAUGGAACCUCACUGUCCUCCCAAAUAAUUCUGGAUCCAUUCUGCGGCAUCUUGGAGCCGUGCCCGGGGUGACCAUUCCCUGGCUGAACAUUGGCAUGGUCUUUUCUACCUCAUGCUGGUCUCGAGCAAACCGCCUUCCAUACAUUGAUUACUUACACAGUGCUGACUGCAUUUGGUAUUCUGUUCCUGCUGAAGAGAAGGUGAAGCUUGACAAGGUGGUUCACACACUGCUGCAGGCCAACGGGACUCCCGGGCUGGAGAUGCUGGAGAAGAACAUCAUGAUCUCUCCGGAGGUGCUUUGUCGAGAGGGUAUCAAGGUCCACCGCACCGUCCAGCAGAGCGGUCAGUUUGUGGUCUGCUUCCCUGGGACCUUUGUGUCCAAGGUCUGCUGUGGCUACAGUGUGUCGGAAACCGUUCACUUUGCCACCCCCCAGUGGAUGAACCUGGGAUACGAGGCUUCUAAGGACCUUAAAUGCCGGCACAUAGCCAAACCCUUCUCCAUGGAGAAGUUACUCUACCAGAUCGCCACGGCCGAAUCCAAACGCGAGAACGGACACCUUCUGACAACAAUCUCCGCUCUUCUCAAAGACCUCAGGAACAUAGAGAUGAGACAACGACAGGAACUGUACGAGGCGGGGCUUCUGUCUUCUGCCCGCUACGGAACACACGACAACAACCUGGUGCCCGGCGACGGACGCAAGAAACCCAGGAAGUGGCUGGCACUAGAGUCCUCAGAGAGACGCUGCCAGACCUGCCAACACCUCUGCUACCUGUCCAUGGUGGUCCAGGAGAAUGAGAACGUCGUCUUCUGUCUGGAGUGUGCUCUGAGAUACGUGGAGAAUCACAAGUCCUGCAGAGGCCUCAAGAUGAUGUAUCGUUAUGAUGAGGAGCAGAUCAACAGCUUGGUGAAGCAGGUGUGUGGCAAGGCCCUGGAGAAGACGACUGAGAAAUGUAAUGCUGCGACCCCCUUUAAACCACCACCCAAACGCGGUCCCCGGAAGAGAGCCACCGUGGAAGUGUCCCUGUCCCGCCUCUCCUCCCACCUGUCUCCCGCAGCCGUCUCAUAAGGACGUUAACACCCCCCACUGCCCCUCCAUCUUAGUUUGGCGAAUCACUGUUGUCCUUUUUAAAGAAAGAAAAAAUAUUUCCAGCUUUUAAUGCCCCAAAUCUCCCCUACCUAUGCCCCUUACCAUGACAAACUACCCCCCCCCCCCCCUUAGUAUGGCAAACUUGUGAAAGCAAACUGUAUUUUUUUGCACUAGCACAGAAAAAACUAUUUCAGUAAAAAUAAUUGGGGGGGGGUUAGUUGAUGUCAUCCUUAGCAUUAAUUGAAAAGUUCACCGGUAAAUGUUGUGCCCCUUGCACUGCCCCCCUCGACACUUUUUGAGGAGAGGGUCAGAUUGGUCUUCCCUAUCCACACUGCAGUCACACCCAUCGCCACCUGUCACUCAACUGUGAACAAAGGGACGAACGGAGAAGGUGCUCCUUUUUUCCUUUUUAUUGAAAGUAGAACCCAAAGUUUGCUCUCGUCUUCAGUUUUUGAAGAUGAGUUGUUUAUAUUCUCCUCUUUUACCUGCAGCAGCUCCUGUUGUUUAGGGUCUGUUGCGCCCUAACCCACGCCAGGUAAAACUUGAAAGGCAGAUGUGUUUUGGCUUGCUUGUUUUUAUUUUGGAUUUUAGCUUUGAUUUUAGUCUUCUGUGUUUAUUUUGUCGGUUUGUUCCUUGGUGGCUGUGGAACUAGCGGUGCCGUGGCUGUAAGUCAGAAAUACAGGCUGGUGUGCCGUAUGUCAGAAACACAGACCUAGGUGCUGUGGCUGUACGUCAGAAAUACAGACCUGGGUGCCGUUGGUCUCUGUGCCCGUAGUAGAAGGGAGGCCUCCUUUGCUAGCGAGUGAAAACUGUGCCUAAUACUCAGCAAGGAGAUCCAUAGUUUUUGGUGCUGUUGGUUAUUAUUACUGUAUAACAAUACAAAAGAAAGGUGAGGUGCUGGCUAACUACUAGCCUCCUCUCCCACAGGUCGGUAGCCUCUACUCUCCUCUCCCACAGGUGCGGUAGCCUCUACUCUCCUCUCCCACAGGGCGGUAGCCUCUACUCUCCUCUCCCACAGGGCGGUAGCCUCUACUCUCCUCUCCCACAGGGAUGAGGUUCAAGGUUUUCAUGUCCCACAGGGUUAGGUUAGGGUUCUAGGCUCUCCUCUCCCGCAGGGUUAAGUUAGGGUUCUAGGCUCUCCUCUCCCAUAGGGUUAAGUUAGGGUUCUAGGCUCUCCUCUCCCACAUGGUUAGGGUUCUAGGCUCUCCUCUCCCACAGGGAUAGGGUUCUAGGCUCUCCUCUCCCACAGGGUUAGGGUUCUAGGCUUUCCUCUUCUAGAUGUGCAAUCAUGUUAACAUUCCAUUCUUCCAGUCCUAUUGUUUCAGCUGUACCAGUAAACAUUAAUUAUUUUAUUAUUAUUUUAUAUUUUUCUUGUGUAUGCGUUCUGAUGUGCGCGUAGAACCACUAGUCAAAGGGUGUAAAAUGUGAAAUAUGGAAAUCCAUGUUCUUUUUUUUGCUUUUGCAUUUUCCCUUUUUCAGAUGUAUUAUGUAUGAUUUUAGGAGUAAGUCCAACACAAAAACAUAAACUUUUGUACAUAAUCCUGUAAAUGUCUUUAAAUACUUGAGCCUUUUCUGGGGUGAAGGAAGGAAUGAUGCCUCUAAAGGUAUUAGUGGAAGCAAGGGAGGAAGUGCUUGAUGAAGAAAAAGCCUUACGUUUCAGUUUCUUCAUGUGUGUGUUUGAUGCUUACAGGGUUGCUCUGGUUACGUGUAUACAUUUAAGUGCUGCUUACAUCAGUGAGAAAGAUAUGGAGUAGCAAUGGCCCCCUAUUUUAUUUUUAUCUUUUAGCUUUACUUUUUUAAAGAAAAGGGAAAAUAUGUUCACAAAAAAAAUGGUUUUAAAUUUUCAUUACUGAAAAUUCAACAAUGUAGUAGCUCCUCAUGUUGCACUGAGCUUGCCAGUGGUGGCUGACAAGGUGAUCCUAUUAUCCAGUUUGUUGGUUGUUGUCCUUUACAGAAGACUGAACUGUUUUAGGAGUAUUUAAUGAAAACCAAGUUGGGUGUUUUCCACAGAAAGUGGUUGUCAAGUUUUUAUGGCCUUACAAUGUAUUUUAUUCAGAUUCUUUUUUUUUUUUUUGCAUUUUCUUUUUCUACAGUAUAAACUAUUGCUCACGGUCUGGCAAGUUAAUUUAUUAGCGAUGCGUCUCCAGCUUUCCUUCCAUUUGGAAAGAUUUCAUGUUGGUUAUAUUGCCAGUUUUUUUACUUUUGCAGUUUGUACUAAAAGUUUAAUAAAAACGUACAGACAAUUCACUGUCUUUUCUUUUGAA